GAAGUAUUUGAAGUACACAGGGCUGCGGGGGCGUGGGUUUACAGCUGUGCUUUUUAGUGACUGUGCUUUUUGUGUGUCUAGUACCAUGCCAGCAUAGGUAUUAAACCGGUUAGCCAGAUGUUUUAGCGCUGUUUGUUAACUCGUCGUUUUCUGUAGGUAACUGAUGCUUGUUUUGCGGCGUAGCACUAGCAGGAAGCUAACUGGCUAGCUAGCUAGGUUUAGCUUUGUGCUUUAAUCACGGAGUGGAGCUAACAGUUCUCUGGAGGACAGCAGCUUCAGUAUUUAACAAAAGAAAAAAAAAAGACUUGGGUAAGAGUAAUACCAAUGCCACACCAGAAUUACUGGUGGUGGCAGAAAUAUUAGCUCUCACGCUGGAGGCAUUAACAGCGCCGCUAACUGUAGGCGUCCCUGCAGAUGAGUGGCCCUGACAUCUGAUUCAGCUGGGGGAAUUAUUAACAACAAAGUAAAAAACAGAGAAUGUCCUGUAAAUCAACUAAAGUGGCCCCGAGUGUUGAUUUCGACCACAGCUGCUCUGACAGCGUGGAAUAUCUGACGCUUAAUUUCGGUCCAUUUGAGACUGUUCAUCGCUGGAGAAGACUCCCACCGUGCGAUGAGUUUGUUGGUGCAAGGCGUAGCAAGCACACUGUUGUGGCGUACAGAGAUGCAAUAUACGUGUUUGGGGGAGACAAUGGGAAAAACAUGCUGAAUGAUCUGCUCCGCUUUGAUGUGAAGGACUGUUCCUGGUGUAGAGCUUUCACCACUGGAACGCCACCUGCACCCAGAUAUCAUCACUCAGCUGUAGUCUAUGGCAGCAGCAUGUUCGUUUUUGGGGGCUACACUGGAGACAUCUACUCAAAUUCAAACCUGAAAAACAAAAAUGACCUUUUUGAGUACAAGUUUGCUACAGGACAGUGGACUGAAUGGAAAGUGGAGGGAAGCUUGCCAGUAGCCCGAUCUGCACAUGGGGCCACAGUCUACAGUGAUAAACUGUGGAUAUUUGCUGGUUACGAUGGAAAUGCCAGGCUGAAUGACAUGUGGACCAUCAGCCUGCAGGAUCGAGAACACGCAUGCUGGGAAGAGAUCGAUCAGAGUGGUGAAAUUCCCCCAUCUUGCUGCAACUUCCCUGUAGCUGUAUGCAGGGACAAGAUGUUUGUGUUUUCUGGUCAGAGUGGAGCCAAGAUCACUAACAACCUCUUUCAAUUUGAGUUCCAAGGCCACAUGUGGACACGUAUACCAACCGAACAUUUACUGCGGGGCUCCCCUCCACCACCACAGAGACGUUACGGACACACUAUGGUCGCCUUUGAUCGCCACCUGUAUGUAUUUGGUGGUGCUGCUGACAACACCCUGCCCAAUGAGCUGCAUUGCUAUGAUGUUGACUCUCAGACCUGGGAGGUGAUCCAACCCAGCCAUGACAGUGAGAUGCCAAGUGGGAGAUUGUUCCAUGCUGCUGCUGUGAUUUUGGAUGCCAUGUACAUAUUUGGUGGGACUGUGGAUAACAAUGUCCGCAGUGGGGAGAUGUACAGAUUCCAGUUCUCGUGCUACCCAAAAUGUACCCUCCAUGAGGACUAUGGCAAACUGUGGGAGAACCGUCAGUUCUGUGAUGUGGAGUUUAUUCUGGGUGAGAGUGAAGAGAGAGUCUUGGGGCAUAUUGCCAUAGUGACUGCAAGAUGUCAGUGGCUGCGGAAGAAAAUCCUGCAGGCUCGGGAUAGGCAGCGACAGAAGACAAAACAGGAGAGCAGUGAGGAGAGGGACGAAGGAGCAGCUGGAGGCCCAAGGGAUAUGCCAGCAGGCAAUAGGCCAUCGGGCACGCAGCCACUGUUGGAGGUAGCCAUCAGGGAAGCAGAGGCCCAGCCUUUUGAAGUCUUAAUGCAGUUUCUCUACACAGACAAGAUCCAAUACCCUCGCAGAGGUCAUGUGCAGGAUGUUCUCCUGAUUAUGGAUGUCUACAAACUGGCCCUUAGCUUUAAGCUUUCCCGGCUGGAGCAGCUGUGUGUGCAGUACAUUGAAGCGUCAGUCGACCUGCAGAAUGUUCUCAGUGUCUGUGAAAAUGCCAACAAGCUGCAACUCGACCAGCUCAAGGAACAUUGCCUGAAUUUUGUGGUGAAGGAAUCACACUUUAACCAGGUGAUCAUGACAAAAGAGUUUGAGCAUCUCUCCACCCCACUGAUAGUAGAGAUUGUUCGGCGAAAGCAGCAGCCUCCUCCUAGGGUGUACUCUGACCAGCCUGUGGAUAUUGGGACCUCCCUGGUGCAGGAUAUGAAGGCCUACCUGGAGGGAGGCGGCUUCGAGUUUUGUGACAUUAUUCUGCUGUUAGAUGGUCAUCCACGGCCUGCACACAAAGCCAUACUGGCAGCUCGAUCCAGUUACUUUGAGGCAAUGUUCCGCUCGUUCAUGCCUGUGGAUGGUCAGGUAAAUAUAUCCAUAGGUGAGAUGGUCCCAAGCAAGCAGGCCUUUGAGUCGAUGCUGCGUUAUAUCUACUAUGGCGAUGUCAACAUGCCUCCAGAGGAUUCCCUCUAUCUGUUUGCUGCACCAUAUUACUAUGGGUUUUCUAAUAACAGGCUGCAGGCUUACUGCAAGCAGAAUCUCGAGAUGAACGUCACUGUGGAGAAUGUCUUGCAGAUUCUUGAGGCAGCCGACAAGACCCAGGCUCUGGACAUGAAGAAGCACUGUCUCCACAUUAUUGUCCACCAGUUCAUCAAGGUAUCCAAGCUCCCCAACCUGCGGUCUCUCAGCCAGCUGCUGUUGUUGGACAUCAUUGAGUCACUAGCUACACACAUAUCCGACAAACAAUGUGCUGAGAUGGGCUCCGAUAUUUAGGAUGACUCUUGUCUACUCUUGCAGAAGCCAUGCAUCCCUGCUGCAGCUAGUCAUUCCUUGCAUGCGUCAUACCCCAUGCAACUGAUGCCUUUUUAUCCACACUAUAUCAAGUUGUUCUUGUUUCUCCCUCUGCAUCUCAGCGAGGAAUGAAAUCAGUGAAGGAACCAGAUUGUAUUUAGAAUUGUCAAAUAGUGUAAAAUUCUGUUUUUAUGUAUAACUCAGCUUUUAUUUAUUUUGUAUAGAUUUUUUUUCUGCUCACUGCUGCUUUUGCAUUUUUGAUAAAUAUUCAGCUUACUGUAAGAUUUCAUACUUGUGACAAUAGAAAUAUAAUAAAUCUCACCAGAUGUGUUCUCAGUCAUCUCAGUAAAACUUUACAUCCAUUAAAGUCAAAUUGGUUAUUUAUCUAAAUCUCUAUUCAUUGAAGUUUGUAUUGUUCACAUAUAUCAUGUAGGAGAUAAUUCAAAUCAUGUAAAAAUCUUUGUAAUAAUUCUUACCAUUAUUAACAAAAUCUCUAUCCAUACAAUACUGAAAUGAGUAUUUAGUAAAAUUGUUAUCAUGUACUCAAAGCCUUAA